AUUAUCCCACUGCUACUAUAGGCACCAUCUCUUCCUACUAUACCUGCUAUACAGUCUCAGUUCCCUAACAGAGGCUUUUUUUUCCUCUUGGCAAAUAUAGGCACUGCCAUGCUUGAUGCACAGUUAAAAUGGGAAUUAGUGAAGCACUCAAUUUCCAGCAAUCUUCCUACCUCCAGUUGGCUGUUAUUAUUUGUAAAGACCCAUAGGACAGCAAUACUAAAGACAACCAAUACUGUGGCAGUUUCUAAUUAAGAAACUAGAGCUAAUUACAAUGCUGCUUGGAAGGUGAAUAUUGUGGGGGGUAGGGGUUUGGGACAGUGACAGCCCUUUAUACUGCACCCCCUUACUAAAUGACCUCCAAGGAGUUGAGCUGAAUUGGUCGCAUGAAAGUCUGCACCUAUAAAUGAAGAGCUGGAAGGUGUUGCUGGAUGCGAGAUACGUCUAUGUUCCUGGAACAGAGCAUCUUGUCAAAAACAGAUCGGUACAGAACAGUUUGAGGUUGUUUCACUGAUUCUUAUUCACAGUGGUGACUUGUACAUGUGAAGCAAAUCCACCACACAGGAAGCCAAGACCCUCACAGUAUAGUUUCCAUUUUAGCUUAUUGAGGUAUAUUGCAUGUUGUCUCACUGUCCUCAUAUGGGUGGUUUCUUGCUCACAAGAUGCUGAAUCAUAAAGCAGCUUCUGGAUGCAAAGAAAGGAAAAUGCAGAUCAAUUACAAGAGACACAAUUAAAAAAAGGCUUUGAAGGGAGCUGCUUGUUGGCAAAAAUAGCACAUGGGAAAUGAAGCAAUGAUAACUAUGUUUAAUGUGUCAUUUUUACUAUAAUAUGCCAAGUGCAGGAUUUUCACAUACAGGGGUUUCACGUUGUAUUUGACUUGUAGUUAAAAAACAGUUAGAGGGCCAAAGGGCAGAUCUCCCACAUUAAUAAAAUAAUAGGGCCCAAUACAACUAAAGUACAGCCCUGUACUAAUAAAAAUGACAAUAAAACAGCUUAAUUUUUAUAGUUAGCACAGUCCACUGUAUAUUUCUUGCUUUUAGAAAGAGAUUACAGACAACUGGAAGCCCACGAGCCCCUGGACUGAGACUAAAACAUUUUAGGGUGUAUUUAUUAUUAGCAACCAGUCAGAUCUUUGUUUUUGCUUUCUAAUCUUGUUUUUCCUUUCAAAUCUAAUUGCUAAUUGGUUGCUAUGGGCAUCAUCACCAGAGAAGUUUAUCUCCAAUGUUAAUAAUUACACCCCUUUACGUACACCCAAACAGUCCCACACUGUAUAAAGCACUGGUCUGUGGGUGCCUGUAGCAGCCCCUCUGGCAUUUCUUUGUGGUCAUAAACAGCACUUUUGUCAAUUUUGUGCCAAUACAUGUGUUGGACCUUAACCCCAUAUGUAAUAAAAGGGACUAAGGUUGCCCAGUAGCAGUAACCUAUAGCAAACAAUAAGAUGUUUUCUUUGCUUUGAACCGGUGACCAGUAAAUUCUACCUGCCAAUUAUUGUUGAUUAUGUUGUUAUCAUGACUUUGCAGAAUUGUGAUGAUUUUUGAGGGGAAGAAAUAAUAAAACAACCUUGCUGCUUAAGAAGCACUAUAGCAACCAAUUGCAUUAGUACUAACUAAAGAAAUGUUUUUCUGAUGCUUUAGUUGUCCUUUAGCUGCUACCAAACAACCACAGGCUGUUACAAAGGCUUGUUUUCCUUGGGUGGGUUCUUGUAAAAACUGUCUCGAUAGAAAGCCUUUUCCUUGCCCCUGUUAGUGGUUAUCUUAUUCUUAAGAGGGUGUAACUGCCGUUGCCCGUUGCCCGUUCUAAUGUACAGCGCUGGUUUUGUCGCACAAUGAAUUUGCUCUGAACACGAAAAGUAAAACUGACACCUUGACCACUGUUAUCUUUGUCUCGUAUAUUUAUCAGUAGGUCGUAGACUUUGGGGUUUCCAGGAAGAGAUCUAUCUCGAAGCUUUAGUUUGCACUGUGCUUCACCUGACAUGACACACAAUUCAGGUAUAAACUAGAAUAUGCCACAUGGUCUAUGGAAGAAGCACAGUCUUAGAUUUUACUGGACAUUCAAGAGCAUCUAAUGGGAUAAAAUAGAAAACAAUGUUCUCCUUAAUGUAAAAUAUAAGAAUAUUAGAAGCCAUAAGGAGUUUCAUGACUUUAGAAAAAGCAAUGCUAAUGGCCGAGCGCUUUAUAUUUUACAACAGGGGGCUAAUAAUUUAUAUAAUACAAAAGUUUAAGUGAGUCAUAUGAUACAAGUGGCAUCACUUAGCACCAAUAAAAACAAGCAUAUUUUAUAAGGAUAUAUUUUAGAGGAUAUUCAUGGCUCCUUUUAUAUUAUUGUUAUAUACUGUGGUAUAACUAGAUGUUACUGGACACCACAGCAAAUUCAAUUUAGGACCCCAAGACAUAGGGUUUACCCAUUCUACCAAGAUAUAUUGAAAUUGCUUAUUAAUUAGGUCCUUACUGGGCCCCCCUGCAACCACAGGGUCUGCUUUCCUCUGUAGCUACGCCCCUGAUUAUAUAACUGUAUAUUUGCUUAAAGAAGUAGGAAAUGCAUGAUUUCUGGGCAGCAUCACAAUAUCCUACCUGAGACCUUGGGUAUCUGUUUGCCAAAAAUCUACCCUAUUCUGGGUACUACUGUAGGAGCACCACAUUGCAGUCUCCUUUCACUUCUUGGAUAUUUGGCCAUGUGUUGUGCUUCAUGAUGUGAGUGCUUAUUGGUCAUUUUUCAGUGAUUAUACUGACAUGUCUGGGAUUAAUGGAGUGCACAUUGACCAAUUCUACAGUGAUUAUACUGGAACAGCUUGGGUUAAUAUGCUGAUUAUUCAUUUUUUUGCAAUUAUUAUACUGGCAUUUCUAGGGUUAAUAUGCCCUUUAUCCAUUUUACUUAGGGAUUAUCUUGACAUGUAUGGGGUUAAUAUGGUCAUUAUCUGUAGUAAUUAUUUGUGUAGUAAUUAUACAGGCAUGUCUGGGUAAUGUUUUGUUAAAAUGGGUGUGGUGUUUAGGAGUGUGGGCAAAAGUAGGUGUGUCUUGAAAUUUUUUGUAGGGGCCCGCCAGUUGGAUAUUUGCCCAGGGCCCACAAAGGCCUUAAAAUAGCCUUGAGUCAGAGAAUAAAGAAGGCCUAACUGAUUUAACAUCCCCCAAAAAUCCAUAUGCCAUGUGUUGCCAAAUCUUCUUUGCUUCCAUUAACCCUGAUGAUAGAGGAGGUAUGGGGGCCCAGAUGAGCAGCUGUUCCAGUUGAAACCAGUCACAAGUUAUAGGUUAUUAUGUCUCUUAAGAACACAAGUAGCACAGGGUGACCAGAUCACUUGAAAAUUCAGAGGCAUGUCCAAAAAUAUCCAGCUAACAGGGAUAAACUGAACGCAGUGUUGCCCUGUAACAUGUAUUUAUUAGACUUGUCCCUACAUUUUCAAGUGAUCUGGUCACCCUAACUAAGCAGCAUAUGAUUACGUAGGAAAUGUAGUGCCCCAAUGGUCUGCCCAUUGUUAUAUGGCAUAUUGGGGGAAUGAGGCUGUUGGGAGCCUGGGAAUGUCAUAUGAAAUGGUUUAUGAUUCACUCUGUUUUGUUUGAUGGGCAAGAUAAAGAACAAAAACCACUGGCUGCUGCCUUGCAAAUUCUCUUCUUGUCUUAUUGGGCUUCCUUACUGCUCAUUCACAAAACAUCAUGUCCCAGCAAGACAAGUAGCUAGCUAAACAGGCAGAUCCUACACAGUGAUAUGUUUCUCAUUGAAAUCAUGCUUUUUAUUGACCUUUUUUCACACGAGUCCCAUAGGAACAUAUGAUCAGUGAACACAGAGCUGCUAAGCUGUCUUUCCUUUCUGGUUGAUUAAGACAGAAGGUCUUUUCUACCCACAUCAAUUGCAGAGAAGACCACAGGUAGCAGAAAAGCACAUACGUCAUGUGACUUCUGAGAAAUCAAAGAAACCACAUUGCCUGAGUGGCUCUAUAUAUACACCUAGCAGCACCGGGCUGGCCCAAUGUGCCGGAGCCAAACAUCUCCAAGAAUGAGACUUUUCAGCUUCUGCUUGCUUUCUAGCAUUCUUCUUCUCAUACACAUCAAUGGAAAUAUCUGCAUGGAUAUUAUUGAUGGCAGAGAGGCAGCUUCACAUUCCAGACCGUACAUGGCAUAUAUAUAUAGUAGGACAGGAUCUUGUGGAGGGACGCUCAUUAAGCAAAACUGGGUGCUAACUGCAGCUCACUGCGUUGUUAACAAUUCAGAGGUUAUACUUGGGGCUCAUAAAGUGAAAAGCAGAGAAAACGAGCAGCAGAGAUUUAGCGUUGCCAGAGCAAUUCCACACCCAUGCUUUGAAUGGAAGAAAAAGAUCCAUGACAUUCAGCUUCUUCAGAUUAAAGGAGCUGCGAAACUCAACAAAUUUGUCUCAGUACUAAAGCUGCCAACCACUGAUAUGGAUGUGAAGCCUGGAAGUAGUUGUAGCACUGCCGGCUGGGGAGUCACCAAACCUAAUGGCAAAACUCCAUCAGAUGUCCUCCGGGAAGUUAAUGUCACUGUUGUAGACAGAGGCACAUGCAACAAAAUCUAUAAGAAGUUUAAAACUGAAAUAAGCACCAACAUGCUAUGCGCUGGAGCACCUAAAAAAUCAGAUAAAAAAUAUGAUGCCUGUCAGGGGGAUUCUGGUGGGCCACUGAUUUGUGGUAAAGAAUUCAGCGGAAUUGUUUCAUUUGGAAAAAAAUGUGGCGAUCCUAAAUACCCUGGCAUUUACACGCGGCUGACAGCAAGGUACCUGCAAUGGAUACGGGAUGUAACAGGAGGGGCUGACUGAUAAUACACGGACACAGCAGUUCCUGGUUGGAAUGACAUAUGAAGGGACAGAUAUAUUACAAUUCCUAGUAGAUUCUGGUGAUGUACAUUAGCACUUGUGAAAAGCAUUGUUACCGCUCAGAUAAAAAAACAUUAAUUGUUGGUUAUUAAGGGGAAUUAGUUUAUGGAUGCCCUUUUCCAUGCAUUUGAAUUCAUGUUAUUAUUGUUAAAAAGGUUUAUAACAUUUUGUAAAAAUAAACAAUUUUUUGUGAAUUGAAAGGAAUGUUUUAAAUAAAUGUACAUACACAAUAA